CUCAGACUUGUCCGAAACUGGAUCAGGAAACCUCUUCCAUUUUCCAGAGUAUGGAUAAUUCUGGCAUUGCCCGUGAUGCAAAAAUGGCAGACUCUCCCGAAGAAAGUAGCUGGACGUUCUACAUUCAAGCCUUCAUUUGCGAGAAUGAUGAUGAGAUUAGUUAUUUCUCUUCUGAAUACGAAAGCCCUUCUCUUGUUUCUGAUGCAGCCUCUUCUGCAGUAAAGAAGUUGAGAUAUAAGUGUAGAGAGGGUAUAGAGUUUUCUUCUAAUAGAAACAGGAAUUGGUGCAAGAAACAGAAAACUGAAUUACCAGCAAUGGAUUAUGAUUUGGAGGACACUGCAAGUUCUCCUGUAAAUAGUCCCAAGAUUUCUUACAUUAACCCGUUUAGGAAUGAGAAAGAAAAGAGUAAGGGCGACGAGAUAAAAAAGAAUACAUUUGGCAAGGGUGGAGUAUAUACUGACUACACAGACUUGAAGGACCGGACCUGUAAUUAGGACUGUUAUUGUAUUUACAAAUAACCCCUGCUCCAUUCUUCAUAACAUAAUGUUUGUACAGAUUUCCCAUUUAUCUUCAUAAUAAUAUCAAAAGUGUCGUUGUUAAUGGA